GGAUGAAAAUGCAUUGUGUCGUCUUCGUUUUAUCGGUGAGCAGUGUUGGAAUACUAUCCGGUUCUGCGCUGCGCGACUCAAGAACCGGUUCCAUGUUUAGAGAUUCAAAGCAUGGCUCCGGUUACGGGGUUAAAACACAUUUCGGACAAGCUCCAAAUGUUACAAAAGUACAGGUUGAUUCUCCAGCUUUCCUCCAUUGCCCUAUUGUAGAUCUUACAGACGAUAUUCAGGUUUCCUGGGUUCGGAGAAGAGACUGGCAUAUCAUGAGCCAUGAAGAGCAAACCUUCUCCAGUGAUGACAGGGUUCAGGUCAAGCAUCAGCAAGAAGAGAAGGAUUGGGUUCUACAAAUUAAAUUUGUUCAACAACGAGACUCAGGGCUUUAUGAAUGCCAGGUUACUACUGAUGAUGGUUCCGUGAUAUCCCGCCAGGUCCAGCUUGAUGUCGUUACUCCGGAAGCUCUUAUCCUUGGCAAGGAAGAAUACCAUAUACAACAGGGCUCCCUGAUCUCUCUGAUCUGUAUCCUGGAGAACUCCCUGCUCCCCCCUGACUAUGUGUUCUGGUACCAGAACGAUAAGAUGAUCAACUUCGAUUCUAACCGAGGAGUCUCAGUGCAGACUACAACUGGGAGAAAAACCAGCUCAAAAUUAAAUAUUAAAAGUGCUAGACCAGAGCACAGUGGAAACUAUACCUGUAAACCUUCCAGUGCAGUUCCAGCUUCGAUACAGGUUUUCGUUUUAGGUGAUCAGACCCAGGCUGUGAUAAACUCAGCGUUGGUUCUCAGAUACUCCCAAAUUCUUCUCUUUGUUCUUGCUUCUCUUCGCUGAACCAGCUGUUCAUUAACUGGACCCCUUCACAAAUAUAUAUAAAUUGCCCCCCCCCGUUCCUCCCCCCCCCCCCUUUUCUAAUUUUUAAUGAAUCCUCUUCUACUCUCAUACAUUCUUUAACUUAACAAUAUAUAUAAUAAAUAAAGUACAUAUAUAUCUUCUCUUCUCUACAUAUAUCCACUCGUUCUUCUGUAUCCUUUAUCCUAUUACCUGUACUCUCUCUCUCUCUCUCUCUCUCCUAGUACAGCUAUACCCUCUCUCCUAAUACCUGUACCCUUUCUCUCUCCUAGUACCUGUACCCUCUAUCCUAGUACCUAUACCCCUUCUCCUAGUACCUGUGCUCUCUCUCCUAAUUUUUGUAUCCUCUUUCUCUCUCCAACUACCUGAACCCUCUCUCCUAGUACCUGUGCCUUCUCUCUCUCUCCUGGUAACUGAACCCUCUUCCUCCAUCCUUGUAACUGAACCAUCUCUUUCCCUCCUAGCAACUACCCCUCUCCUUGUCUCCUAGUAACUGAACCCUCUUCGUCCCUCUUCGUAACUGAACCCUCUCCUUCCCUCUCAACAACUGAACCCUCUUCUUCCCUCUUAGUAACUGAACCCUCUCCUUCCCUCCUAGUAACUGAACUCUCUUCUUCCCUCUAAGUAACUGAACCCUCUCCUUCCCUCUUAGUAACUGAACCCUCUCCUUCCCUCCUAGUAACUGAACCCUCUCCUUCCCUCCUAGUAACUAAUCCCUGUCUAUCCCUCCUAGAAACUGAUCCCGACCCUCCCCACUGUUGCCAGUUCUGUUGAAAUGUAUUUUCUUUCUCCUCCCAACCUUCUCAACACUGAAUACUGAACCCUAUUCGAGACUUGUCUCCACCCUCUCUCUGCAAUCAUUAUAUUCAAGUUUCAAGAGUAAUUGAGAAACUUGACUCUGUACAUUGCGGAAGGGAAGACGGAGACUGAACCGUUAUUAAAGGACCAUAAACCAAUGAGGAAAUUUGACUCUCGUCUAAAAAAACAGUCGCAAUGUCAGAGAGAAAAGUAAAUCUUUCUGCAUAUUUAUAUUAAAGAUAGAACAAAUUAAUUUGAGCUAGAACGGAUGUAUUGAAGGAUGGAUGUAACUUAGUAAGAACCGAUAAACUGUUGCUACAUUGGUGAUAUCGGAAUUCGGAGUGCAUAGUACAUGGGUCACUGCAUGGAGAAGGAAUACACCAUUUGACAAAAAAUAGAUUAUUCUCAAAUUUAAAAGUUUAACUAUUUAGGUCAUAAACAAUCACCAAAUUUUUUUCAUGAAUUUUUUUUUUGAUAGUUUUUGCCAUUUUAAAAAUGUUGGUCGAUUUAUAAUGUAUAAAGUAUAAUUUUGUAUAACUAAACAUGCUCUAUAACUCUUAAUUUUAGACCUACAUAAAAAAUUGAAAGAUUUUAAAGUCUCAUAAAAUUUGCAGUAAAUUUGCCAAAAAAAGUGAAAACUUUUUGCAAAAUUUGGACUCCACAAAAAACUUUAAAAUCAUGUCUGACCCCAAAAACCUAGUCUUCGAUGUUUGAACAACAAAAUUAUAUGCAUAGGCUAACCCCAUUUUGCAAGAAAGAAUGUUGAUCUUCAUGCAUUUGGGGUCAUCAUGGGGUAAGAAUUCAAAAAUCCUAUUUUAAGACCCCAAAUUUUGAAAAAAACAUAUUAUUUUUUUAAAUAUAUCAAAAUUUUUACCACAAUUUUACAAAGAUUACCAAAACCGAAAAGUAGAUUUUUGUUUGUUAGUUUUUCAAAAUUCCCGAAGGCCCCCCCCCCCAAUUUGAAACUUUGUGACACCAAAUUUUGAAUAGACUGUGUUUGGUUCAUAAAAUGUAGGCCCGAAUUUUGUAUGAAGCCUCCAAUUGUGGUGAUCUGAACGCUUGACCAUUUUGACAUUGUUAGUAACCACAUAGUUAUGCGCGCUAAGAUAAACUCAGAUAUGCGAACCAUUGUUUGACCUCUGCUCCUCCAUUAUGACCUCGAAGAAUCAAGAUCUUUGAAGACUAAGUAUAAUGUCAUGUUCAGUAUAAAUUUACUCAUUCCUGAAUUGUUCUUGGAUUCCAUUUCAAUGAAAAUAAAUUGACCAUUUUGAAAAUGGCAAAAAUUGCCCCCCAAUUUUUUUUUUUUGAAUGGUGAAUGCUUAUUACAUAAAUAACAAAAAAUCUAAAUUUCAGAAGAAUUUUUUUUGUCAAAUGGUGUAUUCCUUCUCCAUGGAAUGACCCACAUGUAUUAAAAUGUUGAUCUCCUCGAAUUCAAGAAAGUUCCUACACCCUCCACACGCUAACUACUCU